AUACUACAGACAUUUCAAUUUCAACCAUAAACUUCUACAUCCCGCUUUGUAUAUGCAGAAUUCAUACAAACGGCUGCAGAGUUAACAUUGGUUUUUUUUUCCCACCAUAUUUAGACAUCAUCAACCACACUAUUCCAGCAGCACAAAAUGACAAAUAAACCUCCUGCUGCGGCCGAUGCAGCAGCAGCAGCGCCUGUACCUCCGCCAGCACCGCCACCACCACCACGACCAGAGUCAACAACCAAUGACAGGGCGGAGUCACCGUAUCCUAACCACCAUAAACAACAGCAACAAUCAUCGACAAUUGAAACAGCAACCAAUGCAACCAAUGCAACCAACACUGCGGCUACCCCUGUCCCAUCUUCUCAAGUGCAAGCCACACAAAUGAACACCAGCAGUUCGACCACUACGGUAUCAUCAUCGAACGGCAAAACCCAGGUUGUAUUCAUCCAUAAACUAUAUGAUAUGUUACAUGACGAUUCCAUUU